GGUACAUUAAGCGAGCGGGUAACAAUAUCCUAAAGUAUGCGUAGAGAAUCCGGAGCGUUACGUGGAAACCGCCCCAAAGGAGGUCCACUGUGGAAUUCUGCGGUUGCCUUUCUAGAACAGACAACAGCGAUCACACAGAGGGAAAGACACGAUCAUGGAAGAAGGGGAAGGAACAGAAGAGACUACAUUCGUCAUUGAAGAAGUGAAGCAGAUCAUACAAGAGUCGGUUGAGAACAUACUAGGGGCGGCGUCGUACCAGAACAACAAGGUAAACCAGUGGACCUCGGGGGUAGUGGAGCAAUGCCUCAACAACCUCACCAAGCUUGGGAAACCGUUCAAGUAUAUUGGUGAGGGAUGAACUUCAAAAAGCCUUGACUUCCUUUCUACACUCUGUCCUUUUUCCACUUCAGUCAACUGUAUCAUAAUGCAGAAGACAGGUGCUGGGCUGCACACUGCUAGCUCCUGUUACUGGGACAACUCCACAGACGGUCUGUUAGCCACUCCCUUAUGAUCUUCCAACUACAUACCGUAAUCUCUUCAUUUCUUCCUUCUCACUCACUCAUACACUGACACACACUCUCUCUCUCCCUCCCUGCAGGAAGCUGUACAAUCAGAUGGGAGAACAAGACUAUGUACUGUGUUGUGGUAGUCUAUGGACUCGCCAUUUAGUUAUGUACACACAUACCCAUUCCCUACAGGCUUUGUCAUCAGGCAAACUGUAACGUGUAUAUGUGUUGUGUGUGAUGAAGUCCACCAUUUUAACCUAUCAUUCUUGCAUAACUUGAAUAAGACUAUUUCGUGUGCCUAGCUGUGCUGCGUUAGAACAACAGCUUUUGCAACUGUCAGGCACUUCAGUAAAAG